UAUUCGACAAUGGCGCUCCGGAUUGGACGUUUUUGGCUGCGUGCGUCCGCAUGGAAACGCGACCUGCGCUCCACAAAUAAAACAAGACGAGAGCUUGGCUAGCAAACCGGGAUUUAUUGCAGACACCUUGCUUUACGCCGGUGGAUUGGUGCACUCUGACAGUGGCCUAUAAGCUGCCACCUGAAGUGGGUCACCAUGACAGCGGAGGAGAAAAUCAACAUCAAGGAAGCAGAAGUGGUGAAGCUCGUCCUCGACUUCCUCAGCUCCAGGAAGCUUCACAUCAGCAUGUUGGCGUUGGAGAAGGAGAGCAGCGUCAUCAACGGUCUCUACUCCGAUGAUAUGCUCUUCCUCAGGCAACUCAUUCUGGAUGGUCAAUGGGAGGAGGUGAUGCAGUUUAUUCAGCCUUUAGAAGGGUUGGACAAAUUUGACAAGAAAAGGUUCCGCUAUAUCAUUCUGAAGCAGAAGUUUCUUGAGGCUUUGUGUGUGAAUAAUGCCAUGUCUGCCAUUGAAGAUCCUCAAAAUCUGGAGCUUACCAUGCAGGAUGCUGUCAGGUGCCUGCACAACCUCGAGGAGUUCUGCCCAUCGAAGGACGACUACGGCAAACUCUGCCUCCUCCUCACGCUGCCUCGACUCACCCACCAUGCUGAGUUCAGGGACUGGAACCCGAGUACAGCACGCGUCCACUGCUUCGAGGAAGCCUGCGUGAUGGUCGCUGAGUUUAUUCCAGCUGACAGGAAGUUGAGCGAGGCGGGCUUCCGAGCUAGUGGGAACCGUCUUUUCCAUCUGCUCAUCAAAGGAAUCCUUUAUGAGUGCUGCGUUGAAUUCUGCCAGAGCAAAGCCACUGGAGAGGCAAUAACUGAGGGCGAGGUGUUACUCGGUGUAGACUUGCUGUGCGGAAAUGGUUGUGACGAAGUGGAUCUAUCGCUGCUGUCCUGGCUUCAGAACAUUUCUCCUGGAGCGUUUUCAUGCGCCUUCCAACAGAAGACACUCAGCAUCCAUGUCGACCGCCUGGUCAAGCCCAGCAAGGCCGGUCAUGCCGACCUCCUCACCCCUCUGAUCAACCGCCUGUCCCCCUGCCCGGCCUCACCUUUCCGCCAAAGGCCGCACUCAGCCGACACGUACAUGUCCAGGUCCCUGAACCCGGCUCUGGACGGACUGUCCCACGGCUUGGCUGCCCAGGACAAGAGAGGCAUGGAGCGUAACAUGAAAUCAGCUCUCAGUCGAAGCCUGGUGGAGAGUAAUGUUCAUCAACUGGAUGAUUCCCCUGAGAAAACGUAUCCACAAGGUUUGGAAGGUCCGAAGACAACUCGCACUCCUCUGACUCCUGGUAGAGAUGGUGGAACAGCAUGCACAGAAACAGUUGAGCAACCUGACUCCACAGAGCACAUGCAGGAGUACUACAGGCAGCGUCUGCGUGUGCAGCAACAUCUGGAACAGAAGCAACAGCAAAGACAGCUUUACCAGCAGAUGCUGCUUGAGGGGGGUGUAAAACCACUCGACGGAGCCCAAAACAACCUCACUGAGACCUUCCUCACGCGAUCAAUUCAGAAACUGGAGGAGAUGAAUGUUGGCAUUGACCACCAUGGAGCUGAGGCGACCCCUCUUGGCCAGCAGUGUAAUGGCGUGGUACAUGAGGGCAGCACAUCCAAAAUCCAAGACCCGGGGGUGGUACAAAAGGCAAAGCCUGGUAGUGUAUGCAACACCCCCUCACAAGGGCCUUUGAGCCAAUGGCUGCAACACGUCAGUGAGCCCCCACUUCCUGCAAGUGCAGCUGAAAGCAUUAGAGCCCCAGGGCAAGAUGAUUCCAGCAGCCAUGUGACACGUUGCACAACCCAGCAGCCAGGAAAGGCCGAAACCCAAUUUUUCAAAGUGAGCCAGCUUGAAGACACGCAGGCGGUACGAUCUGUGGCCUUCCAUCCUUCUGGAUUGUUUUAUGCUGUUGGUUCCAACUCGAAAACUCUCCGAGUUUGCGCCUACCCUGAAACCCUAACAACCAGCACUCCGGAUGUCAUCGAGCAGCCGGUGGUGCGCUUCAGAAGGAAUAAACACCACAAAGGUUCCAUCUACUGUGUCGCAUGGAGCUGCUGUGGACAGCUGUUGGCCACCGGCUCCAAUGACAAAUAUGUCAAAGUUCUGCCUUUCAAUGCUGACAGCUGCAAUGCGACAGGUCCUGAUCUGGAAUUCAGCAUGCAUGACGGAACCAUCAGGGACUUGGCCUUCAUGGAGGGUCCUGAGAGUGGAGGGUCCAUCUUGAUUAGCGCUGGAGCCGGAGACUGCAACAUCUACACCACUGACUGCCAGAGAGGACAAGGCCUUCACGCUUUGAGUGGACACACUGGCCACAUUUUGACUCUAUUCACAUGGGGAGGAUGGAUGAUCACUUCUGGAUCCCAGGACAAGACAGUCCGGUUCUGGGACCUGCGGGUUCCAAGUUGUGUGCGUGUUGUGGGUACCACCCUGCAUGGCUCAGGGAGUGCGGUAGUUUCGGUGGCAGUGGAUCCGAGCGGCCGCCUGCUCGCCACUGGCCAGGAGGACAGCACCUGCAUGCUCUAUGACAUCAGAGGAGGCCGCAUAGUCCAGACCUACCGGCCCCACAGCAGUGAUAUUCGUUCAGUACGCUUCUCACCCGGAGCCCAUCAUCUUCUCACUGGUUCCUAUGACAACAAAAUCAUCAUCAGUGACCUGCAAGGUGACCUAACUAAAGCACUCCCUCAGACACUGGCAGGAGAACACUGGGACAAGGUGAUCCAGUGUCGAUGGCAUCCCAAAGACCGAACCUUCCUCUCUUCCUCUGCUGAUCGGACCGUUGUACUCUGGGCUCCCAAUCCCUGAGAAAGUCGGUAUAUCCUCAGCAAAAUCAGCGAGCACGCAGUCGGACAUUAACCAGUGUGGGAUCUCAAACAAUUUUUGUGUCAAUGCACUAAAAUGUCAGUGCAGGCAAUGGCCAUAUGAAGAUGUAGAAAGCCUAACUCAUAUUUAUUUUAUGCUUGUCACAUCACGCUGUCGUCAAACUUAGUUUUUUGGUGCAGAAGAGAGGAGACGGCAGCAAAUGGAGUUGUAUAUUAUGUUGGUGAGUACGGUGACUAGUUUAGUCAUGCGCUGUGCUUGUACACACAGAACUAAUCAGGCGUUUGGAUUUUAACUCGUGCUUUAAAUCUGGAGAUUGUAUUUGAAUUGAGUAUUGCUAGAAGACCUGCAAUAGAAAACCUAUAAGAAAAAAAAGAGAAACAAUUAGUGCAAAAUAUUUUAUUUUCCCUGUUGGCUUACUAAACUUUAAUAAUGAAAUACAAUGGAUUGCUACUAAUGCACUUAAAAGCUAUAGUGAGGAAUUUAUUACAUAGUGUGCCAUUUUAAACACUUAUAAGAGAUUUUGGGUUGGUGUAGUAAGUGAAUGAUAUAUUUAUUUAUUUUUACCAUGUGCUGUAUGCACCUUGACACGUAUAUUUUUGUAGUAUUGCUUACUGUGCACAUUUUACGUCUGUCUUAGUGUUGGAAGUAUGAACUGACUGAAUAGUAGGUAACACAAUGAUCACAUUGCACAACAUGAAUAGAAGCUAGCAAUUGACUUGCUGAACACAUUAAUUUGUCGAUGUGUCACAUGCAUUUGGUUGCAUGCAAAUCAAAUUCAUGAAUUGCACCAUUAAGACUGUUGACGGACGUGUACAGGUGUGUUUGACAAUGACCUGAAGAAUAGCACAAUUCAUCUUUCUCGUAAGAUGAGGUGAUGUUGAAUUAAGAACUAUUUGGAUGAGUUUAAUCACUCAUCAGAAGCUGUGUUCUUUUGAAGCAAGGAUGUUUACACUUUAGUGUGAUGCUGAAUAAUAGUGAUGGAUGAAAAUGAAAAAUGAAGCUUCAAAUUUGCUUUGGGAACCAGCUGUAUUUCUUUUCACUCCU